CUCAUGGCACGAAGGUAAAAUUUCAGUUGGGCCUUCGAUGAUAUAAUCAUUGACAGUUGCGAGUCUACUCCCCAUAACAUCGAUGCUACACCAGCUAAACCACAGCGGCAGUUGACACUCUUCACCGCAAAUCAAUCAUGUUCUUUUCCUGUGUGAAAACUCAGCAUGAAACAUGUGCUGCUCGCACGCAUACAACAACACAGAGUAACGGAGUUCUUAUGAGAGUGCUUAAAGUGUCCGUUUAACACCUUUUAGAUCAAUCACUUCUGCACAUUCAAAGAGAGGGAAGUUUGCAAACGUGUCGCUUUAGACUAGGUUUAUCAUUUUAAAAAUUUUUUUUUAUUGUAUGUCGGCUGAUGUUUUAUGCUUUUUCAUUCAAAUAUUACAAACCAGUUGCAUGCCAUAGAUAAAUUAAGACGGAUGCUGCUCCAGUUUGUUUUCUAAGAAAAACAACCACUGCAGCACAUGCCUCUAACCAUAGGUGAUCUCUCACAGGUGAUAGAAACCAGUUCCCAUCCAGUCAUGACGGGGAAUUCCAGCAGCUUCAAGCUAGACAACACCACCCGGGCCCUGUUCCUGAAUGUAAACACCAGCGUUGCCAUCUCUGUCAUCUACAUGAUCGUCACUGCCGUUAACCUGACAGGAAAUGGCCUCUCCAUGUGGCUCCUCAUCUUCCGCACCUCCCCCAAGACCCCCUCCAUCAUCUUCAUGAUUAAUCUCACCCUCACCGACUUGGCCCUCGGCGCCGCGCUGCCUUUUCAGAUCGCCUACCAGCUCCAAGGAUACCACUGGAAGCUGGGACCCAAGAUGUGCAGCGUCAUGACCCUUGUCUUCUACACCAACAUGUACUGUUCCAUUCUGACCAUGAUGGCCAUCGGAAUUGACCGCUACCUGGGCAUCGUCAGGCCCAUGCGGUUCAGGCAGACCAGGGUUCGGAAGUCCAUCGCUGUCCUCAGCUGCCUCCUCAUGUGGGGCGUGGUCCUGAGCGUACUGUAUCCACUGAUGACCACAGACCUGACCUUUGAAAUUCAGGAACUCGGGAUUACCACAUGCUUUGACGUGCUGAAGAAAGACAUGCUCCCGAGCCUAUCUGCCUGGGCGGCCUUUCUCUUCAGCAUGGUGUUCGUCCUCUUCCUCUUCCCUUUCUGUGUCACGACAUUCUGCUAUGUCAGUGUCAUACGCAAACUGGCCAGAGAUUCCAAGACAGCCCAGAAAAAGAGAGCCAUACGUCUGGCCUUUAUCGUCCUCCUGGUGUUCACCGUCUGCUUCGCGCCCAACAACAUCCUCCUGUUGACUCACACAGUGCUGAGACUCUUCUACGAGGACUCUAUCUACAUGGCCUACAAACUGUCUCUAUGUUUCAGCUGCCUGAACAGCUGCCUCGAUCCGUUCAUUUAUUACUUUGCUUCCAAGGAUUUCAGACAUAAACUGAGACAGAUAAUCAAUCUGAAGAGCCUGAAUAGCAUGGACUCAAUGAAGAUGGAGCGUAAAGAGAGUUUUUACUCCUCACAUUACGCUGUCGAAAGUCCGGAGGGAGAACACAGCAAGAUGCCAUCCAGAGCAUAGAGAGACAGAAUGAGAGGAAGAGAGAAAAAAAGAGUAAGAGAGACAAGGGAAGUGAGAGGUGUGGUGUGUCAAUCUCUUACAACAUCUAAAAAUGUCUAAAUCAUUUAAGUUCACUUUUUUUAUGUGCACCACAGAACAAAUGAACACGGUAAGCAUUGUAUUUCCCGAGAUAAUGACUUAUGUGUUAUCUUAAAAUGUGAAACAUUUAUUGCAACCAAUGUAUUUAUAAUCAUGGGUAAAUAAAUCUGCCACAGGCAUCAUAUUAGUUUUUGUAUUCAAAAAUAUGUAGAGUGUACAAGUGCAAAUAAAAUGUGAAGAUAUAAGCCUUCUCAAAUGGAAAGUUGUAACGUUUUUAACAUGAUCUCUGUAAAUGCCUUUAUGCUGUGUUGAAUUGGUUGAAUUGUUUUCACUUUGUUUUCUUCCUCUACUACUGUAUAUUAUAUGUUGUAUAGAUGUAUAAUAAAUGCUAUUAUUGUUGUUA